AUGACCUCCAACACUAGUGCGUCUCCAGUUUGUGGAGACUCCAAAAAAGACAUGAAGUACCUGCUGGUCAGUGGAGGUGUUAUCAGUGGCGUGGGCAAAGGUGUCAUCACCAGCAGCAUUGGGACUCUCCUCAAGUCAGUGGGCCUCAAAGUGACAGCCAUCAAGAUUGAUCCCUAUCUCAACAUCGAUGCUGGGACUUUCUCUCCUUAUGAGCAUGGAGAAGUGUUUGUGCUAGAUGAUGGUGGUGAGGUCGAUCUUGACCUGGGAAACUACGAACGAUUUCUGGAUGUGACCCUCCAUCGGGACAACAAUAUAACCACUGGGAAAAUCUACCAACAUGUCAUCCAGAAAGAGAGAAAAGGAGACUACCUGGGAAAAACUGUGCAGGUGGUACCACACGUAACAGAUGCGAUUCAGGAAUGGGUACAGAGAGUUGCGCGGAUACCUGUGGGAAAAAAUGACGAAACGCCUGACAUCUGUGUAAUAGAGCUUGGCGGUACCAUAGGAGACAUUGAGGGCAUGCCUUUUGUAGAGGCUUUCAGACAGUUCCAGUUCAGAGUAGGGCAUCAGAACUUUACUAACAUUCAUGUCAGUCUGGUUCCACAGCCUAGUUCAACUGGAGAACAGAAAACCAAACCUACUCAAAACAGUGUGCGUCAGUUGCGUGGACUCGGGUUAAGUCCUGAUGUGAUUGUGUGUCGAAGCAAGAACCCUGUCUCAGAUUCUGUGAAAGAAAAAGUUUCUAACUUUUGCCAUGUUCCUCCUGAUCAGGUUCUUGGAGUGCAAGACUGUUCCUCUAUCUAUCGAGUUCCCCUGCUCCUAGAGCAGCAAGGUAUCCUUCAGUUCCUCGUCAAGAGACUGGCCAUCUCUCCUCCUUCACCGCAACCAAAAAUCACUCUACACCAGUGGAAAAACCUUGCAGACAGAUAUGACUCGCACUCAAAGGAAGUCCGUAUUGUGCUGGUGGGCAAGUACACUAAACUCGAGGAUGCCUACACGUCUGUCAUUAAAGCCCUCAAACACGCAUCUCUCCUCUGUAGACAUCGAUUGGUCCUGGCAUGUGUGGAAGCAGACGAUCUUGAAGGAGACUCGCUUCAAAAGAAUCCGCCCAAGUACUUUGAGGCCUGGAAGUUGUUGUCAGAGGCUCAGGGCUUAAUCGUGCCAGGUGGUUUUGGCACACGUGGUACAGAGGGCAUGGUGGUAGCUGCUAAAUUUGCCAGGGAAAGAAAAUUACCGUUUCUUGGUGUGUGUCUGGGAAUGCAGAUUGCAGUGAUAGAGUUUGCUCGUAAUGUUUUGGGCCUGAAAGAUGCCAACUCCACUGAGUUUGAUCCAUCCACCACAAACCCUGUUGUCAUAGAGAUGCCAGAGCACAACCCUGGUCAGAUGGGGGCCACUAUGAGGCUGGGCAAGCGAAAAACACUAUUCAAGACCAAUGACUCUUUACUCAAGAAACUCUACCAGUUCGGUAGCACUUCAGAUUACAAAUUUGUGGAGGAACGACAUAGGCAUCGCUACGAAAUAAACCCCAAUAUGAUCACAGAGAUCGAGAAAAAAGGGAUGAUAUUUGUGGGCCACAGUACUGACAAUAAAAGAAUGGAAAUCAUGGAGCUGAAAGAUCAUCCGUAUUAUGUUGGAGUCCAGUACCAUCCUGAGUACUUAACUCGCCCUAUUACUCCCUCUGCUCCCUACCUGGGACUGAUCCUUGCCUCGAGUGGAAAACUUUCACGCUUCCUGACACGAGGCUGUCAGCUUUCUCCUCAUACUAGCUAUGACUACAAUCCUGAUGAUGAACUUGAUGAUGAGGUGACACAGGCGUUCAGUAGAUUUGGAAAUUUGGGGCUUAAGGAAUCUGAAGCAGAUUCUGUGUUCAUUGAGAAAACGGACUAAAGCACACAGUAACACGAUUGACCCCUAUGACCAUAGCCUGUAUUUUUUGAUUGUAAUUAUUUAUAAUACUUAUGUUUCACCAUUAAAUUUUUUAUUCGUUCAAUGUGGGAAAAAUACGUAUUAACAUGUGAAUGCUGAUUAGGCAAAUUUACCGGGAACAUCAAAUUUGAAAGAGUGUUAUCAGUAGGUGCAAACCAACAGCUGAAAAAGUAGUCAUGAGCACUAGUCCACUAUCGAGGUCGUACCAAGCUGACUGUUUUACUCCUAAGAGAGGUCUGCGCAGGUCUCCUUCGUCCUCUACUCGUACUCGAACUCAGCACUGCACAGAAAACAACGACAUCGAAAAUGAUCCACUACACACACUAUCCGGCAACGAAACUGUGACAUGCACUCCUUCAGAUUCAACCUCGUUUCAAUCUUACCAAGCUGAUUGUUUUACUCCUAUGUGCAGGUCUUCGUUCGCUGCUCAGCACUGCACAGAAAACAAUGACAUCGAAAAUGAUCCAUUACACACACUAUCCAGCAGCAGAACUGUGACAUGCACUCCUUUAAAGUCAGCCUCCUUUCAGUCCUACCAAGCUGACUGUUUUACUCCUAAGAGAGGUCUGCGCAGGUCUCCUACGUCCGUUGCUCAGCACUGCACAGAAAAAACAAACACCGAAAAUGAUCCAUUACACACAUUAUCCGGCAACGAAACUGUGAUAUGCACUCCUUUAAAGUCAGAUUCUGUAACAUCAUUCCACGUAGGAGGUGUUUUGCGUGAGGUUCAGGAUGUAUGCUUCACUCCAAAGCGAUCCCUUCAGCGGUCACCCCCAGCAACCUCUGAGCAGAAGAGCUCUACCAAUGCAUGUGACAGAGAUGUCAAUAUGGGUCCUCCUCCAACUAAUUGGGAGAUACCGCGCACUCCGAUCGAGACCCAGGCAUUGUUGUCCACAUCUGUUCAGUUCCAGCAAUUUCAGGUCCAGCCUUGUCUGAAUAUAAAUAUGAGCACACCCAGGCGAAUAAAGACACCAACACACCCUUUGUCACGAUUCACUAGGGCCGAAUCGCCACGUAGGGAGGUUACGGCAGCUAUAACAUCAACAGCUUCACCUCUUGUCACAGCCACCUUGUCGCCAGGCGUUUCUAAGCUACCUGGGCUCCGGUGUACAGACAAUGAUUUGGCCUACUUAGAACACUUGAAGCAACUCACAGAGCUCAGAGCAAAAGCUGGUGAGCUCAACAAAGCCCCAAAUAAUGUUUCAAAAGAGAAAGAGGUACAAGAGCAUGAGUCCAAGAAUAUCCACAGCGAUGUUGACCGCUUGAGGGGCGAAGUCCAGUCUUCUGUCCAUGGGUUGGUUAGUGAAGAAAAAGGGGACACGGAAAAGGAGAAGUUGCAGUUAGAAGUUGAGCAGUUGAAGAAACUGAACCAAUGCACUGCAGCUAAGCUGGUGAAAACAGAGAAGGAGAGGAAAGGAAAAAUAGUAGAAGUGAACAAAACUGGAGCAAAGGAAAUCGAGACUCUUGAGCUGAGACAGACAACACUAGAAUCAAAGUUAACGACGACUCAAACUAAACGGCAAGAGAUAUCAGCUGAGUAUCAAAAUGCUCAAGAUGAACUGAAGUUGCUGCAGGUGGAGUUGGAAAAGAUGAGUGUGAGUGAGAGGGGAGGAGACUCCACGGAGCAGUUUGAACAGAGCUUGAGGAGUUUAGUUAGACGCUCUAUGUCAAACGACACAACAUUCUCAAGGAAAUGAAGAUAAAUUAUUGAUAACUGUACGAUCCCUGAAUAAAUUUCUUUAGCUAUAGCAAUUUUUGUUUUUAACAGAAAUAUAAUCACAUUGAUAUAAUUAUAUUUUUACGGUGUGCCUAGACUUAGGCUAAGUGCUGGCUUCGAUACAUCCACUCAUA